UGUGUUUUCCUAAAUUGAACUACCCUUCCACUCCACACACUCUGUCAAUUAGGCCAGUGUGUAUGGAUGGACUUCUAAUCAAAACAAUGUUUAUGAAAUGACCAUCAUGUGAAAUGAUAAUGAAACAUGCUAUCAGCCCUGGUUAGAAAUCAAUGCAAAUGUGUAAUGUGGGGGAAUUCUCAGCUUCCCAUCAACACAGUUUCCCUGUAUGGAAUGCUCUUGUCAUCACUCAGAGAGAAACUGUACAACCAUCAUGGCUCCAGAGAUGAAUCUGGGCUGAUCUGUCAAACUGCGGUUUAGGAGACACUCGCCAAUCGAACGCAGUGAGAACCUUGAUGACUCUACUACCUGUGGAUGAGGAUGCGGUCUACACUAUCUCUCUGUGGAGGAGAAGGGGAGGGCAGGGGCCUGAGAGCCCGGGUAGGCAGGAUGAAGAGACUGCUGUGCCUUCGACACACCCACCGUGUGGAUGUCCUGUCGGACAUGGAGCCAGGGCUCUGGCUGAGGCGCUUCCAGCUGCUGGACACAGACGUCACUGAGGACCCAGUGCAGGAGUGGGGGGAGGAGGUGGAAGAGGGGGCCGUGUUCGGCAUAACCCUAUGUAGGGAGCCUGUGCUCCCCAGCCCCUCCACCCAGGUCCCCUCAGAGCCUCUCACUAUGUCCCUGUCGACUCCAUCGGCUUUCAACUUCAUCCAGUACCACACAGUGAAGGUGCGUCGGUUGAAAGCGGGGACCCUGGAGCGCCUGGUAACCCACCUGCUGGACUCAGAACACCAGGAAUCUGACUAUGUCAGAGUGUUUCUGUCUACCUACAGAACCUUCACCACCUCCAACACACUCAUAGAACUGCUCUUCCAGAGGGAUGAUAUGAUUGCCAACCUGGACAACACAGUCUGCCCAAGGAGCACCCUGGUGCCCCUGAUCAGAACCUGGCUAGAGGAACACAGGGAGGACUUUAGGAACCCC